AUGUCUGAGAGGAGGUUUUCUCAGGAGGAUGACUGCUCAUCUCUUUUGUCUCGGCUCGGUUCAGACUCUCCUCGUCCUCGGAUGAAGUAUGGAGGGAUGUUCUGUAACGUGGAAGGAGCUUUCGAGAACAAGACCCUGAACUUUGAGUCGUUCAGUCCACAGACACAGAGACGUCAAACUGUUCAAACUCGAACCAACAUCGAUGAUGUAGGAGAAGCAGCGAGAGGAGGAGGACAGACAGUGGUGUUUCCCUCCAACCAGGAAAACUACGGCAAGAGACAGAGUGACCGUCUAAUCAUCAAAGGAGGAAAGAUUGUCAAUGAUGACCAGUCGUUCUAUGCGGAUGUCUACGUUGAGGAUGGGAUCAUCAAACAGAUCGGUGAGAGUCUGAUCGUCCCGUCUGGUGUGAAGACGGUUGAUGCGUAUGGUCAGCUGGUGAUCCCCGGAGGAAUCGAUGCCAACACCAACCUCCACGCUCCGCAGAAAGGCAUGAAUCCAGCCGACGACUUCUACCAGGGAACCAGAGCUGCCCUGUCCGGAGGAACCACCACCAUAAUGGACCACGUGCUGGUGGAGCCAGGGACUAGUUUACUGUCAGCGCUCGAUCAGUGGAAAGAGAUGGCGGAGCAGAGGGCGUGUUGUGACUUCUCACUCCACCUGGACAUUACUCGGUGGCAUGAAGGGCUGUAUGAGGAGCUGGAGACACUCGUCAAAGAUAAAGGUGUGAACUCCUUCCUUUUCUUCAUGGCCUACAAAGAUAAAUACCAGAGCUCUGACUCUCAGCUCUACGAGGCGUUUGGGGUCCUUCGGGAUCUUGGAGCCAUUGCUCAGGUCCAUGCUGAGAAUGGUGACAUCAUUGAUGAGGAGCAGAAGAAACUUCUGAGCGUCGGCCUCACUGGACCUGAAGGACAUGUUUUAUCUCAUCCUGAAGACGUGGAGACGGAGGCGGUGUAUCGGGCUAUCACCAUCGCCAAACAAGCCAACUGCCCACUCUACAUCACCAAGGUGAUGAGUAAAUCUGCAGCUGAUGUCAUCGCUAAAGCCAGGAAGAAAGGUAUCGUGGUGUAUGGGGAACCAAUCACAGCCAGUCUGGCCACUGAUGGGUCCCACUAUUGGUCCAAAGACUGGGCCACAGCAGCAGCCUUCGUCAUGAGUCCACCCCUAAACCCUGACCCUUCAACUCCACAGUACCUGACCUCUCUCUUAGCAUGUGGAGACCUUCAGGUGACUUCCAGUGCUCAGGCCAGUUUUUCCACUGCCCAGAAAGCCAUUGGUAAAGAUGACUUCACUUUGAUUCCAGAGGGCACCAACGGCAUCGAGGAAAGGAUGUCAGUGGUCUGGGAUAGAGCUGUGGCCACAGGGAAGAUGGAUGAGAAUGAUUUUGUUGCAGUAACAAGCACCAACGCUGCAAAACUCUUCAACAUUUACCCACGCAAAGGACGGAUUGCUGUUGGAUCUGAUGCCGAUAUCGUCAUUUGGAACCCGAAGGAAACUCAAACUGUUUCUGCAAAGACUCACAACCUGACGGUGGAAGUUAACAUUCUGGAGGGUUUGGAGUUUCGAGGUGUGGCAUCUGUGGUCAUCAGUGGCGGUCGAGUUGUUCUGGAAGAUGGAAAACUCAGUGUGACAGAAGGUUUGGGUCGCUUCGUCCCCAGAAAAGCUUUUCCAGAUGCUGUCUACAAGAGGAUCAAAGCCCGCAGCAAGAUGGCAGAGGCCCGUGGUGUCCCUCGUGGGAACUAUGAUGGUCCAGUCCAUGAUGUCAUCAGUAUGACAAAAUCAGUCCCGCCCACUCCAACAACCAGGCCCCCCCCAUGUCCAAAGACCCAGACUGGCCCCCGGAACCUCCACCAAUCAGGAUUUACUCUCGCAGGGAGUCAGAUUGAUGACCAUAUACCUCGUCGCUCUGCUCAGAGGAUUGUGGCACCUCCUGGUGGACGGUCUAACAUUACAUCUUUAUCAUAAAGCAACAGCAUCCCACCUGUCACCUUGGUUUGUCUAACAAAGUACUGAAGUGUCCCUUCUUGUCCAAAAUACAGUAGAGUCUUACCACAACUUUAAAACUAGUACUACAUCUUAUACUUGUACUUAAACAUUGAGCCCUGUACUACAUCAUAAUGUCAUGUACAUAAACUCCAAUACGACUGUCUGACUACCUGUAACUGUAAAACUUCAGCUACUACUGAGCCCUAAAACAACCCCUGCAGCUAAGCAAGAGGCUGAAUAAGGCCAAAUAACAUUACUACAACUUGUAACUUAACCCUCAAAGCAACAAUUAGUUAAAAGUCCUCUAUAACUCUAUCUCUGGCACCAAAUUCAAUCUAGAACAAUGGAAUAGAAACAUAAUGUAAUAGAUGUAUGUAUUACAUACAAUGCAAAGGGUUUUUGUAAUUUAGGAACCAAUUAUUUGAAGAGCUUCAACAUCUUCUCAUCCAUCCUGAAACUCAUCCCUUUUCUGAGCUCUUAUAGAAACAGUAGUCAUAGUAGUAGACGUACUAGCAGUAGUGGAACAGAGAACUUACUUCCUGUUUUCAGUGUUCUUUGAUUAGAAUACAGACAUGUUCAUCAAAACACACCUAAAUAACCACAAGGCUCCAGGCUUGCUUUGACACAAUGGAUGGUGAAGUGGAAGCCACCAGGCUUCCGCUUGUUCCCAGGUGUUUUUCAUUGACAGACAGCAUGUCAUUGUAAAUUAAAUCCAUUGUGUCCUGAAUCUGCAAUAGUGAGAAUGAACACAUGUCUCUAAUCUGUAAACUGAUCUCUGAUCUGUAGUUCUUCUUUAGUGACGUGUUUAGUUCUUGGUCUGAUCGAGCUGAACAGGACCUGGUAGCCAUUAAUGAAGUGGAUGAUCAGUCUUUGAAUUGAUAACAUUGCUAACAGACUGACACCAUUAGCCUUCCUAUCUCUGUGGAUGGUGCUAAUAAAUCCAGUAGUAGCCUGCAAGUAGCAAAAUCCACCCCUUCAUCACCUCCUACAGUCCCAUCAAGCCCUUCAGUUUCUUUAACUCCUUCAAUCCCUUGGAGCCCUAACAGGAAGUCAACAAUGUGAAAUAUCCAACACAAACAACCGUUUACUCUUAUCAUGGAUGUAUUUUAGUGACUGCAUGUGGAACUGCCCUCCAUUCACCUCGACUGCUCAUUAGGGUUACCGAUGAUCUGUUAUAAUUAGUAAUUAUUGUAAACUUUUACAAAGUAAAAAACAUAAAUAAAAAUAAGACAAAGGAAGUCAUCUGUCAGCAUGUGGUCAGUUUCUGUUAAAGUGUUAAAGAUUGUUUUAGUUUAAAGUGAGUAGAAGUUGACCAGCUAACCUCAUCCUGAGUCCACAUCAAUGUUGUUUUAAACUGUUUGACCCCUGACGGCCCUGAACAACAAACCUCCACUGGUUGGUACAUCCAUCACCUGAUGCUGCUGUCAAAGGGUCAGCAACAUCCACCAUGACCUCUGACCCAAUUGCUGAUCAUUUUUAACAGUGUGUUUGAUUUGUAAUAAAAUCAUGAUCAUUUUGUAUUUUUACAGUUUUUGUAUCCUAGCAAUGUUAGCAUCAAUUAUCAUAGUGCCUGCAGACCACAGUGGCCAUGUUGGUACUGAACUGUUUCUGUGGUAGUCAGAGUCACAUGUUGGCACAGUUUUUACAAUGUAGUGACACUACAGCAGCAAUUGCUUAGCUUAGCUUUGCAUAAAGCACAGGGUGGUGUUCAACAUGGUGGCUGUGUUCCUGCAAGUUGAAAUGUUUCUGUCCCAGUUGGUUGUGUCUCCGUACACAGUGAUACAGACAUGGCAGUGUGUAUGUGAGUGUUACAUCUGUUGUUUUUGUCUGUGGUGAAUGUAAAACUGUUUCCAGUUGUGAUGAGAGAUGCACGAAUAAAGAGAAGAGAAAACAAA